CGGGGAUGGAGGGGCCGCGACCGGGCCCCUUUCCUGUCUCUCCUUCCUAUAUAGAAAGGCACAAGGUUUCCCUUUUCCGAGAUUUCUUCCUGUCCAAUUACAUUUCGAUCAUCCCUUUCCUGGCAUCUUGAUGCAACUUGAAAGGGAGACAAGAGCUAGGGAAAAAGGUUGAGUUGGGGCCGAGCCCAGACAGCCAAGGUCCGGCCUCGAGUGGGGUGAUCCCUCGGACACUUGGUUUGCCAAGUGUGGGAUCGCUCUUGGACCGCCAGCUCGGGGCAGAUUGGAGAGACUGAGUGAGUGAAGUAGCAAAUCAAUAUUUCUUCUCGAAAAGACUGCUGAAAAAUCCGGGGGCCUCAUUUCAGGCUCCGAGCUACCCUGAAUUUAAAUUGACCAUCAUAUAAAUUACGCAAUAGUCUAUCCACAUUUUGCAUUUGUUGUGUAGAAUGUUGAACUCAGUCUAGUUUUGGAGUAUAUUCGAUGCUAAUCAAUCAUUAUAAUGAUUGGAAUAUUUAGCGUUGGUUAUUUAAGGUAAUAUGCAAAAGUGAAAACACGUUUAUUGUUUCAUAUUUAUUGCAGCCAUGGCUUUAAAAGGACAAGAAGAUUAUAUUUACCUUUUCAAGGAUUCAGCGCAUCCAGUGGAUUUUCUGGAUGCAUUCAGAACAUUUUACUUGGAUGGAUUAUUUACUGAUAUUACCCUUCAGUGUCCUUCAGGCAUAAUCUUCCACUGUCACCGAGCUGUUUUAGCUGCUUGUAGCAAUUACUUUAAGGCAAUGUUCACAGCUGACAUGAAAGAAAAAUUUAAAAAUAAAAUAAAAAUCUCUGGCAUUCACCAUGAUAUUUUGGAAGGCCUUGUAAAUUAUGCAUACACUUCCCAAAUUGAAAUAACUAAAAGAAAUGUUCAAAGCCUGCUUGAAGCCGCAGAUCUGCUACAGUUCCUUUCAGUAAAGAAAGCUUGUGAGCAGUUUUUGGUAAGGCACCUGGAUAUUGAUAAUUGUAUUGGAAUGCACUCCUUUGCAGAAUUUCACGUGUGUCCAGAAUUAGAGAAGGAAUCUCGGAGGAUUCUAUGUUCAAGGUUUAAGGAAGUAUGGCAACAAGAAGAAUUUCUGGAAAUCAGCCUUGAAAAGUUUCUCUUUAUCUUAUCCAGAAAGAAUCUCAGUGUUUGGAAAGAAGAAGCUAUCAUAGAGCCAGUUAUUAAGUGGACUGCUCAUGAUGUAGAAAAUCGAAUCGAAUGCUUAUAUAAUCUACUAAGCUAUGUCAACAUAGACAUAGACCCAGUGUAUUUAAAAACAGCUUUAGGCCUUCAAAGAAGCUGCCUACUAACCGAAAAUAAGAUACGAUCUCUAAUAUACAAUGCUUUGAAUCCCAUGCAUAAAGAGAUUUCCCAGAGAUCCACUGCCACAAUGUAUAUCAUUGGAGGCUAUUACUGGCAUCCUUUAUCAGAGGUUCACAUAUGGGACCCUUUGACAAAUGUUUGGAUUCAGGGAGCAGAAAUACCAGAUUAUACUAGGGAGAGCUAUGGUGUUACAUGUUUGGGACCCAACAUUUAUGUAACGGGGGGUUACAGGACCGAUAACAUAGAAGCUCUUGACACCGUGUGGAUCUAUAACAGUGAAAGUGAUGAAUGGACGGAAGGCUUGCCAAUGCUCAAUGCCAGGUAUUACCACUGUGCAGUCACCUUGGGUGGCUGUGUCUAUGCUUUAGGUGGUUACAGAAAGGGAGCUCCAGCAGAAGAGGCUGAGUUCUACGAUCCAUUAAAAGAGAAAUGGAUUCCUAUUGCAAACAUGAUUAAAGGUGUGGGAAAUGCUACUGCCUGUGUCUUACAUGAAGUUAUCUACGUCAUUGGCGGCCACUGCGGCUACAGAGGAAGCUGCACCUAUGACAAGGUCCAGAGUUACAAUUCAGAUAUCAAUGAAUGGAGCCUCAUCACCUCCAGUCCACAUCCAGAAUAUGGAUUGUGUUCAGUUCCAUUUGAAAAUAAGCUCUAUCUAGUUGGUGGACAAACUACAAUCACGGAAUGCUAUGACCCUGAACAAAAUGAAUGGAGAGAGAUAGCUCCCAUGAUGGAAAGGAGGAUGGAGUGUGGCGCUGUCAUCAUGAAUGGAUGUAUUUAUGUCACUGGGGGAUAUUCCUACUCAAAGGGAACAUAUCUUCAGAGCAUUGAGAAAUAUGAUCCAGAUCUUAAUAAGUGGGAAAUAGUGGGUAAUCUUCCAAGUGCCAUGCGGUCCCAUGGAUGUGUCUGUGUGUAUAACGUCUGAUUGAAUCCAUAGAAAUGACCAAGUAAUCACUCUUUCGGGGUGUAGUAAAAAAGAAUGCAGGGUGACCGGGCACAUAAUAGGUAAAUUCUCACUCUAUACCCCAACCCAGUGAUUAAUGGUCAAGAAAAAUCUUAUGUAUAUUUACAGUUGAAUCAGUGGGGUUAACACCUAUAAUCUCUGCUUUUCAGAGGUGAUAUGGAAUGUUGGACACUUGGUAAAAGGUAAAAUACCUUUGUAGUGAAUUUCUUCUCCUGGUAGCAUCAACACUGGGUGUUAAGUCAAAAUCAUUCUGUGGAAUGAAAUGUCUCUUAUAACCCUGUAAUGUACUAGACAGUGUACAGUAAGGUUCCAUUUAGCUAGCAAGGAAUUUGAAAUUUAAGGAGGGAAUCUUCUCUACCUCUACAAAAUCAACACUUAAAGAAAAU